AUGUCACCACCCAAAGAUCCCUCCCAGCUGAAACAGAAGUUGAUCAGUGAGAUUGGGGAAGCUCAAUGGGAUCAAUCCUGGGACAGCAUAGCAAAACUCAGCCCCGAGUUGUUCGUGGCUAGUGUGGAUCUGAUCGCGGUGCCGAGAAGGAAGAGACAUCUUUCACCAAAGAUACAACAGCUCAUGUCCAUUGCUGUUGACGCUGCCUCCACACACCUCCAUAUCCCAGGAAUUCAGAAGCAUAUCAAGGCGGCCCUGGAAGAAGGAGCGACACAAGCAGAAAUUGUCGAAGUCAUCGAGUUGACUGGCACACUGGGUAUUCAUGCUUGCAAUAUUGGUGUUCCUCUCCUUGUCGAGGUGAUGAAAGAGGAAGGCAUUUAUGAACAGCAUCCUACCGCCGGAAAACCUUUUGACGCGCAAAGGGAGAAACUGAAAGCCGACUUCACCAGAAAUCGAGGUUAUUGGCACACCUUCUGGGAAGACUUCCUUGCACUCGACCCAGAGUUCUUCGAAGCAUACUUGAACUUUUCUUCGGUGCCUUGGUUGAAAGAUGUCGAUGGCAGUGGCAAAGGUGGAGGCGUCUUGGAGCCAAAGGUCAAAGAACUCAUUUAUUGUGCUUUCGAUGCAGCUGCCACACAUCUCUACGUCCCUGGCCUUAAACUGCACAUGAAGAAUGUCCUGAAAUAUGGUGGAACCCCGGAGGAGAUCAUGGAAGUCCUAGAAAUUGCGACUCAGUUGAGUCUGCAUACAUCCGAUAUAGCGGCCCCAAUACUGGCUCAGCAGCUCGCGAAGGCAUAA